GAUAUUUAAAAAAAAAACAAAUCAAAGGAAGUUUCUGGAAAGAAGUAGCGCAACUUCUCCUUUCCUUGCUUAGCAAUAUCUUUAUAUUCUCUUUCCUCUUCUUCUCAAAGUUUUGGUUCUUUUUAAAUCAAUUUCCAUUUUCAGAUCUUCGUUUUUUUCUACAUCCUUCCAUUUCAGGUCAAAUUUCUCUCUCUUUACUUUCAAAAACUUUAUGCUAUAUUCUCUGAUUCUUUAAUUUUCACAAUUACAUUACUGGAGAAGAAAAUUUCCGAUUCUUUCCUGCCCUCCGGCGAUGAUUUCACCGUCCAGAGAAGAAAAUGUUGCCGGAGGUGAGUCUCAACGGUCAGUUCCGACGCCAUUUUUAACGAAAACUUAUCAAUUAGUUGAGGAUCCUACAAUUAACGAUGUAAUCUCAUGGAAUGAUGAUGGAUCUACUUUCAUCGUUUGGAAUACUACAGUUUUCGCUCGCGAUUUACUUCCCCGCUAUUUCAAACACAAUAACUUCUCGUCCUUUGUUCGUCAGCUUAAUACUUAUGGCUUUCGGAAGGUAGUUCCGGAUAGAUGGGAGUUCGCAAACGAAUCGUUUCGACGAGGGGAAAAACAGCUCCUCUGUGAAAUCCAACGGCGUAAAACAGCAGCGAUUGCAGCACCGGCGACACCGGAAGCGCAACAACGGCAGAUUUCUCGGGGAGAUUCAUGUGAGGAACAGGUAAUAUCAAAUUCACCACCAUUAGGAAUUCCGACGACAAUUUACAGUAACAACGCCGUCGAUAAUUGUAUCAACAGCAAUACGAAGGAAGAUUUAAUGGACGAAUACUCGAGAUUAAAAAGACAAAAUAUGGAGCUAAACAGAGAAUUAAAGAAUAUGAAGUCAUUAUGUAACAAUAUAUUUGCAUUGAUGACGAAUUUUGCUACAUCUCAAGGAAAUAUUACAGCUACAAGUAGUAGCAGUAAUUGUAUAAAACAGGCGUUGAAUUUGUUGCCACAUAUGGAUGUUGAGUGUGCGGUGACGGUCACAGCCGGUGAGGGUAGCGGAAGUGAGAGUCCUAUGAUUUUUGGGGUACCAAUUGGUUUAAAGAGGGUUAGAGAAGAAGGGAGUGAUGAAGAUGUGGUGAAGGUGCAGGAUAAUAUGAUGGAGACUGAUUGUGAGCUUAAAUGUCAGCCGUGUAAUGUUUCAGGUCUGAUUGAUGUCUGAUUAUCAUGAUGAUCAGAUACUCUUUGGUUGAAUAGCGUGACCGAAAUAGUAAUAGCCUAUAGCCUAUAGGGUAUGUAAUGGAAUUUUGUUAAGAUUAUUAAUUAUCAUUAAUCAAAUCGUAGACUUGUAGUGUUAGAGAGGGGAGAAUUUCGUAAUUUGAAUAGAAGACAAGUGAUCUAGUCAUGAACUCAUGUCACUUGUUCGAUCAAGAAUGCUCUUUUGCUUCCAAUUUCACCCCUGGUUUGUAAGGUUAAUUACAGUGAGAUGAUGUUGUUUAGUGUAAAAUUAAUGGGCCUCUAAUGGGCUAUUGAGCCUGUAUUUUUAAAAUAAAGCGGGGCUUGUGAUAAUGAUC